GUCUUUGGAUUACGUCCUAGUGUAACCUAUCCCCAACCUAUUGACCAUACUGGUCUGUAAAAUUAAAAUUUGACAUUUGACAGAUCCAUCAUGUCGGCAGUUCGUUUACGAGUGUUUAUAUUUUGUGAUUGCUUUCGAAACGACUGAUUUAACUUGAACACAAUUAUUUUUUCAAAAUAUUUAUUUUUAGAUAUGUUUUCUUGUUAUUAGAAAAUAGGUAUACAGUUAAAAUGCCUUAUUACUGCACAGUGCCGCGAUGCACAUCUAUGGCUGGAAAAGCAAAAAAUGUUUCAUUUCAUCAGUUUCCUAGAGAUGAAGAAUUAGCCAAAUUAUGGAAUCGAGUACUGAAAAGAGGCAAGCCAUAUACGAAAUACUCAAAAGUAUGCAGUUUGCAUUUUAAACCCGAAGAUUAUACAAUAACUAGUGCACAGAAAAAUCGAGGUCAAUGGAGGACAUUACGAAAAGAUGCAAUACCAUCUCGGAACUUACCAUCUGAGUCACCUGCUGAAGAUUGGCAUAGAAAGAACACCAGUACUUUUCAGUUGCCAACAACACUUGAUACAAGUGUACAACACCAAAUGGCGCAAGCAAUCUAUGUUCAAACAAUGCUAGCUAUGCAAGCAGCUGGUAUAAAUGAAACAAACAAUGUGUUUACCCAUGUUUCAGAACAGUCAUCAUCAUCAAAUUCUGACACUCAAAAUGAAGAUGAUAAUCAAACAACAAUUCACCAAGAGAUAAAAAACACAAUCCCACCAGAAAAAGUUACUUAUGAAUGCAAUCAAUGUUCCAAAUGUUUCAAAGACCCUGAUGUCUUUAUUCUUCAUCAAAGAAAUCAUGUCAAAACAGAAAAUAAUGCAGAGAUGCUGAGAGCAAACCCCAUAUUGGCGAAUUUGCUCAAAACAGACUCUGAAAAUAAUAAAAAUGUUAUUAGUAUAGAAAAUCAAAUUAUGUCAGCACUAACAGAAAAUAUGGCAAAUUAUUUGCAUAACUUGUCAACUAUUAUGACAAACACUGCUUUAGACAAUAGUAUGCAUAGUAUAGUUAAAAGACAAUAUGGAACCGACCUAAUUGAGGCUGAUAGUUCCAAUAGCACCAAUAGUGAAGAUCUAAUUAAAGAUACAGUAUCUGAAACUCUGUAUUGUGAAGAAGGCAGUGAUGAAAAUAAUUCUAAAUUUAUUGAUGAAUCAGAUGGACAUGAUGUUAUACAAGAAACGGGCAGCGGGGCACUGUGAUAUAAAGCAAGACUUGAAAUAGUAUUAAGUAGUAUUUGUAAGUUUUUUCCUUUUUUAUACUUAUUCAUUGAUUCAACAGUAUAGAGUUUGAUUAAUUUUUAUUAACUGGAUUUGCAACAUUAUACAAUAUAAAACUAUUACAAAAAUUGUUUUAUAAGAUAUUAAAGCAAAUGUAAAAAUGCAUUUUCUACAGAUGUUUUCUAAAUUUCUGUUGGUGCUCAAACACAUUGUUGAUAUCAUUUAGUAAACUACCAAUCUCCUAAUAAUCUGUAAAAGUAGAUUAUAACUUAUAUAAAGAACAACAAACAAGAUUAUUAUAUUUUUGAAGAUAAAAAUUCAUGCAUAUAAUCUGUGUAGUUAAAUUUAAAUGCUUUGUAGGUUAUUUACCCACCUUUCAUGUAGACUUUAGUUUAUAAGUUUCUCUUAAUAAAACUAAAAAACACUCAUUAGUAUAUAAUAAAUAAAUUUUGAAAGACUUAUGUCCCACCGAUUUAGCAUUGGUUAUAAAUAAAUUUUAGUCAAUUUUUGAUUGGCUCAAGAGAGUUUAGGACUAAUUGUGUUAUUUAACAAAGGUUCAGUAAAAAAAUUGUCUCAUAUUUAUCCUUAAAACGCCACAAGUGAUUUGGAAAAAACAUUAAAUAACUAGAGGUAUCAUGAGGCAUGUAUUUUUGUAAGGAUAAAAGUUAAAUUGUAACCCUUAUUCAUAAGAACUAUAUUGUCUUGAUACGCGGCUUUAACUAAACUUACAAAAGACAAAGACUGAUUUAGUUUACAUGCAUAAGGGCAUUAGUUUCUAAUAUUGCAUUUAUAAUAAGAUGAACAAGGGGAUGUUGUUUGCAUUUAAAGAAAUGUGUAAAUGUUUUUCAAAUCUUAAAUAUUUUGCUCUAUUUUUCAUAUAUUAUCAAGAAUUAAUUUUCUGUAGACUGGCAGCAAAUUAAAGUCUUUGGACUUUUAAAAUAGCUGUGUGUGUAACAAAGAGAUUUAAAUAUUUAUUUUAUUGCCGAGUAUUAAAAUAUAUUUAACUUUACUUUAAAAUAUAAGACACAAUGAAAAUGAUGUUGAAUAACAACAUCAUUUUCAAGUUAUGUUAUAUGCUGUUGACAGCACAUAUUAUAUGCUAUUAGUGUACAAACUACAAUUUGUAUGCUGUAAACAAUCCAAUAUUUGAAUUUGUAAUUACACUACUUUUGAUGACAUCCAACUUAUCUGAAUUUUAAGAUUAUAUACUGUAAAAACAUCAGAAAAGUAUUUGUAUCAUCUGCCUAAAUAGUAUAUAGAAAAAUAUUUGUUUAAUUGAUAAGCCCCUUUUAUUUGGUUAAAGGUGAUCAGUUUAUCAAACUAUUUCACUUCUGUACAACUAGAUUAAAAGAAUAAGUUGUAAUUUUUGAAGAGGCCAUAUGCAUAGAUAAAAUGCUAGUUAUAUAUGAAGUGCCUUAUAUAUUAGUUUUAAGUUUAUGCAGUAUUUUAAUAUGUUGAGAGUAAGAGAUUAUAAAUGGGAUUGUUAUUUUUGGAUAUUAAUAUCCGAUCUUAAAGUGCUCAAUUACAUAAUAAAUAAUUUAAUACCUGUUUGUAGUAUUGCAAUCUGAAUGUUGUGACUGUGAACAGUGAUCAUAUUAAAUGUCCUCAUAUAUGCUAAUAUUCACUUUACAAUUUCGAGUUUUUUUACCUCUUGUUUAAGGAAAUUUUGUGGAAUUUUUUUAUAUAAGUACAUUCAGCAUUAGAACACCCAAAAUGUGGUAUAUAUAGUAUUUUUGUAUAUAAUACAUACAUAUUAGAUACAAAGAUACUAACUAAAAUGAGAAAACCAUGAGAAUUGUGACAAGACUAGGCUAGCUUUUUCCAACAGUAUAUUAAGUUAUAUCACCAAACUUCAACAAAGUAUGUUCAGUUGAUUCAAUGUAAUGAAAGUAAAACCCACUUUCACUAGAUAUAGUCACAAUCUCAACUUGAGCUCUGUUAAAUAUGUAAAACUUUGAAUAUAAGUUUGCUCUUGA